AUGGCAGGGCCUCUUCAGAUCGGGGACAUUGUUAAUCUGAGUAAAGUUUGUUGGGACGUCUACAGAUUUGGAUGGGACAACGACUACAACGCAACCAAGCAAUAUGAGGAGUUCGGCCGCGACGUCAGGGGACUGGCUGAGAGCCUCGAUAUUCUCACCCGAGUGGUGAGCCAGGCAGAGCAGUCUCUCCGCAGAGAUGUGUCGUACAAGUCACUGCGAUGGGACCCGUCGUCCCUGGGGGAAAUUAUCGGAGACUACCAGGGAACCCUCAGAGAAUGCAUCGAGUUGAUCGACAACAAUAACCGUUAUCGCCUGAAUAGUGGUCCUCUCCGAAAUAUCGAGUGGAAUGUGUUGGUUGCGCCAGCCGCGGACCGCCUACGGGCAAGAAUCGCCCUGCAUAACUCCAAGGUUCUUCACGUCCUGAAGCCGUUCGAAAUCGAUCUGCUGUGUCGUGUACGAGAAGAUAUACACAGGGUUCACCAUGAUCUUGUUGAUCGCAUCUCAGCUGUUCAUGGGGAUUUGCACCGCUUGAUCGGGGUCCUAGUCCCGGACCUACAGGUGGCCCUAGAUCAGCAAGCCCAACAACAGGAGCAAAGCCUUGACAUCCCACUAUUGGUAAAAGAUGGGUUGCUCAAGGCUUGGGAGAGUCGGUCCCCAGACGAGCCGGCCCCCGGUCUGAAAGAGAUCACGGACGCCUUCGUCGUUCAUUUCGACCAUUCUACCGUUAACUUCACGCCGGCUGGUAUUCUGGUUGAGAACAAGAUCCCACGCCUGGAACAGUACCUGAGCCUUUUGAAGUGCAUAUGGUUGAAGGAGCGGAUUGACGAGUCGCCUGAGCUCAAACAGGCCGUCCCUGGGGUGUCGCAUUGGCCAUCAUAUGUCCAAGAACUCGAGGACUGCCUUUCAACGCAAUGCGGCCGGUUCAGACACGAUUUGGUCAAGCCAAGCCUUGCGGGACUGACGUCUGACAUGCUCGAUAUCUGGCCUGAGAAGGAACUGCCUCAGCUUGUCGAUGUGGUGACGAAGGAUGCCCUUAUGGAACAAGUCCUUGACAUCCCACUCCAAGGUUCCGGUGCCAACGUCCAGAGACGACUUCAGCUUCUUCGCAGAAUGGGCGCAGACGGGAGACGAUUCAGGAUCAAUAUCACUGGCGUGGAGCAGGGAGCAGUAAGGAGCGCACGCCGUCAAGCCGAGACGAUUGAUUUCGAUAUCACAUCCGUCAUCCUCAACCCGCUGUAUGCAAAUCCAUCUAGUUCUGGCGUACUGGAGAUGAUCCUUCGCAAAGACGAACGGAUCGCGAGGCUAUCCUUCAUGGGACGCAAAGAUAUCAUCAAGUUUCAGCAGGCAGUUACGGGGUUCAAGGCGUUUGACAACUACUGCCAGUACAAUACCAUGGUCAGCUUUGUCGUCUCCGGUAGAGAUGAACCGCUAGUCGAAGACGCCUGUGUCCAGUUUUGGAUUCCAAAGCAGCUUGAUGGCCAGCUGGUAACCAACAAUGAGGCAACGGUGAAGGAAAACGCGAGGUCAGAGUACCAUGCGAAGCAUGUUCAGCUCCUCGAACGUGUUUACCACGAGCCCUACGGAAACAGUUUCCAUGUGGAAUACGUCUGGGCUCGCAGCCCCAUCUCUGUCAAGAAGCCCACCGAGACUUUCACCAGUUAA